AAUCCAGAAAAGUCCGUAAGGAAUAAUGGCUCUCUUGCAGUCAACGGAAUAGCAGAUAUCUCUUUUUGUUGCUCCUCCUGUCUUGUGAAUUGGGGAUCGGUUUCGUGAAAUAAGGCUCCGUUCUAAAAUAUAUCCAAUGGAGGGUGCAGCAGCACUAGCAGUCGGAGGAUGGCUAGCCAAGCCUGUCAUCAGGAUGCUUGUCGACAGGGUGUCCACAUCGUCGCUGAGAGGAAAGCUGCACGGCCUUCAGGACGAUGACUUGCAGAAGCUACAAAGAUCUCUGCUUAACAUCCACACGAUCGUCGACAAGGCAGGGAUGAGAUGGAGCAGGGACGCAAGGUUAGUCGAGAUGACGAAGCAACUCCAAGAUGCCGCUUACGACGCCGAAGACUUCCUCGAUGACCUGACGUUCCAUGACAUGAAGCAAAAGAUUGAAGAAGAGGCAAGUCACAUGGCUAGUAACCGCAUUUCUAGAGCUAUUAGGAACGCCAAAGCUAAAUUGUUCAGUGAUUCUGUCAAAAGACUGAACAAGAUUCAGAAAAAGUUGGAUGAUAUUUAUGCUGAUAUGGAGAAAAUGUGCCAAUCAUUACAAGUGGAUGCAUCUGAUGUGCAAUAUCAAUCUGAUUUGGCGUCGGCCACACGAGAAACAAGCUCUUUCUUGAUCAGCAACGUGCUUGGCAGAGAGGAAGAACAAAAGAGAAUAAUAGAGCUAUUACUAAGAUCAACAGACGAGUCAGCAUCAGCAAGUGACAAGGGCAGUAGCUUCUCGGUCAUACCUCUUGUCGGAAUAGGAGGUGUUGGGAAGACUACUCUAGCUCAGCUUGUUUACAAGGAUAAAGAGAUUCAGAACCAUUUCGCCCUCAAGAUUUGGAUUUGUGUGUCCGAGAAUUUUAAUGUGCAAAGACUCACCAAGGAGAUGAUCGAGUCUGUAACCAAGACUGAACUUUCUUCGCAAAUGAAGUUAGAUGUUCUCCAAAACAUUCUAAAAGAGAAAAUUGCUUCUAAGAUGGUUCUGUUAGUCCUCGACGAUGUAUGGAAUGAAGAAGAGGAGGAGUGGAGAAAGUUGUGUGCGCCAUUCAUGUAUGCUGCUGCAGGAAGCAAGGUCAUAAUGACAACUCGGAGCAAGAGCAUUGCUGACAAAAUUGGUACAGUGGAGGCGAUUGUUCUUGGCGAUUUAGAUGAAAUAUCUUUUUGGGAGCUGUUCAAGCAAUGCGCAUUUGGUUCUUCCAAACCUGAGGAACACCCAGCACUUGUGGAAAUUGGGAGAAGUAUAGCUUCGAAAUUGAAGGGCUUGCCACUAGCAGCAAAAACAGUGGGAAACUUGUUAGGAUCCAACAUGAACCCAGACCACUGGAGAAGUAUAAUGAAGAGCGAGGUGUGGGAAUUGCAACAGAAUAAUAAGAAUGAUAUUAUUCCAGUCCUACAACUGAGCUAUCAAUAUCUUAGUGCACCUCUCAAGCGGUGUUUUGCCUUCUGUUCUCUCUUUCAAAAGGAUUACAAGUUUUCUGAAAUUGAAUUAACAAGAAUGUGGAUGGCCGAAGGGUUCGUUGUAGCUCAAGGAAAUCAAAGAAUAGAAGAUGUAGCAAGUAAGUACUUGCAUGAGUUGGUCAACAUGUCUUUGUUUCAACAAGAAACAUCAUCAUCAUCGGAGCAUUAUUUCGUGAUGCAUGACCUCAUACAUGAUCUAACACAGUCGGUUUAUGUAGACGAAACAAGUAGGAUGGAUAAUGGCAAGUCCAAUAAGAUAUCAACCACCCUCCGUCAUCUAGCAGUUGAAACAGAGUUCGUAGAGACAAAAGAAUUGAGGUCUAGAUUCAAGAAAUUGCAUUCUCUAUUCUGCCAACAUCUAAAGUCACUACCCCUUGACUUUAUUGAAAAAUUAAGAAGCAUUCGUGUAUUGGUUUUGUAUGAUUGUGGCUUGCAGAUGCUGCCUACGAGUGUUGGUGAAUUGGUACAUCUCCGGUACCUGGACAUUGCUUACAAUGAAAUGGAAGAAUUGCCUGAAUCACUGUGUGAACUCUACAAUUUGCAAACACUGACAGCAAGCUACAAUUCACUAAUCUCUCUUCCAGAAGAUAUAAGUCAGCUGGUUUUCUUGAGGCAUCUUGAUGUUGAAAAUCAAAUAGUUGUAAAGAUAAAAAUGAUAGGGAGGCUAACCUCUCUGCAAGAAUUGUCUGAAUUCCAAGUGCGAAAGGAAGUUGGAUUCAUGAUCACAGAGCUAAGUGGUUUGCAGCAGCUUCAUGGAAAACUCAAAAUUACUAAUUUGGAGAAUGUUGAAAGUAAAGAAGAGGCUGAAAAGGCUCAAAUGAAGAACAAAGAGUACCUUAAUGCUCUAGAGUUGGAAUGGGGAUUUGAUCACAAGUUGGAUGAUAACAAGUUAGUUGCCAUGGAAAACGUACUUGAAGGACUCCAACCACAUGAGUCGCUAAAACAAUUAAAGAUCAGAAGGUAUUGUGGUGCCAGAUCACCCAGCUGGAUGAAAAAGGAGGAAUUAUCCAACUUGGAAAGACUUGAGUUGAGUUACUGUGAGAGUUGGAAAGAUAUUUCCUGCACUGCAUUGCUGCCGCACCUCAAGGUCUUCCACAUAGAUCAGAGCAUGUGGUUCUCGAAAUCAUGUUUUGAGGUAUGUGGUUCUAGAGAGAGCAAAUUAUUUCCUAUGCUAGAAGAGUUACAGCUGAGGAACAUGAAUGCAUCGGAAGAAUUGCCCAAUCUUGGACGAUUUCCUUGUCUGAGGGUUAUUCGAAUGACAGAAAUAAAGUCAUUGAAACACAUUGAUUUUGCAGCAUCUGGUGCCAUAGAAAAUUCCUUGUUUCCUAUGCUAGAAGAGUUGGAGUUGAGAGGCAUGCCUGCGUUGGAAGAGAUCUCCAAUCUAGGACAUUUUCCACGUCUCAAGGUUCUUCACAUGAUGCGAAUGAGGUUAUUGAAACACAUUGAUUUUGCAGCAUCCUGUGCCAUAGAAAAUUCCUUGUUUCCUAUGCUAGAAGUGUUGGAGUUGAGAGACAUGCACGCGUUGGAAAAGUUGUCCACUCUAGGACAUUUUCCACGUCUCAGGGUUCUUCACAUGAUAAGAACAUGGUCAUUGAAACACAUUGUUUUUGCAGCAUCUGGUGCCAUAGAAAAUUCCUUGUUUCCUAUGCUAGAAGAGUUGGAUUUGAGAUACAUGCCUGCGUUGGAAGAGUUCUCCAGUCGAGGACAUUUUCCACGUCUCAGGGUUCUUGGCAUGGUAGCAAUGCCGUUGUUGAAACACAUUGGUUUUGCAUCAGUUCAUGCCACAGAAAAUGAUCUGUUCCCUGCGCUAGAAGUGCUAGAGCUGAUGGACUUACCAGUUUUAGAGGAGCUCCCUGAUCUUGGUUCACUUCCAUGUCUCAAGUCUUUUCACAUGAGAAGGAUGUCUAUGUUAAAACAUAUUGAUUUUGCUUUCUACGGUGCUACAAAAAAGGUAAUACUUCCAAAGGUGGAGACGCUAGUAUUGGAUGACCUGGAGGCACUCGAGGAGCUUCCUAGUAAUCUCGGACGACUUCCAUGUCUUAAGGUUCUUAAGAUUGUAAAGAUAUCAGCAGUGAAACAGAUAGCCCAUGGGUUCUUUAGCACUGAAGUUAUAUCCAAGUGUUUUCUUAGCUUGGAAAGUCUCUGGAUCAGCGACUUGCCGGCAUGUGAAAGGUGGUGUUGGAUUGGCGGCAGCGAGCUAUUUCCAAGCUUACAAAAACUUACUAUCUAUGAAUGCCCUAAGCUCGAGAGGUUGCCUCCUCUCCCUCCUUCGCUUAGAUAUUUAUCACUACGAGAAGUUGGGUUAACAGAGCUGCCAAGCCUACAGGAACUAGAAACAAAUGGAAGCGGAGACAAUCAAACGACCUCAUCUCUCUCAGACUUACGAAUCAUUGAGUGCAACAAUUUGACAAGCUUUGAAGAAGGGUUGCUGUCGCAGAAUCUAUCAAAUAUUAAAGACAUUUAUGUAGCAGGAUGUAAUGAACUCAUGUGGAUGCCUCUCAAGAGAUUUGAAAACUUCACUUCGCUCAAGGAAUUACAGAUAAAAGCUUGUCCCAAGCUUAGCCUGACACAAGAAGAGGAAGCCGCCCUCCUUCCUCCCUCAUUCAAAGUUUUCAUAUUGAACGACUGUGGCGAUCUCAACAAAUUGUGGCUUGGCCAUCCCUACCGCUCGACCUUCUGACUUUCUUCCUCCAACCGAUCCUCACCGUCCAUCUUCAAUGUCACACAAAUUUUCUUGGUUCAGAUCACAUAAUAUUCUUGGGACCUUCUUCCUCGCUUAAAAACCUGGUUAUUGUCGUUUGUGAGUUGUGGCUGCGAACCUCUCCGACCAAACUCCGAAGCCCCGCCUCCGCCGUCGAUACCGAAACCCUAACGUAGGCGGGCUAGUGCUUCCUAGGAACAAUUGAUUCCAUCUUAUUUUGUCAUGGCACAUUUGAGGUUUUCUCCCAUUGCGAUCGAUCGUCUUUGAAUUUGCUUAGGAGAUUACAGGUAUGUGUCGGAUCUAUGGAGGAAGAAACAAUCGGAGCGGUUCUUGUAGCGGGAUCAGGUGGUGGGAGUAUCGCCAGCUACCGUCGAUUCAUCUUCUCUGAAUUUGCUUAGGAGACUACUAGUAUGUGUCUGAGCUAUGGAGGAAGAAACAAUCGGAUGUGAUGCGGUUCUUGUAUGCCACCCACCAUCCAUCGUUCGUGUCACCUGAUCGACCCGUCCCGACAAGGUUCGGCGACUCGGUUACAAAACCAAGCA